GUCAGUUAUCGAUCCACGUGAUGGUCAAAAAGUGGCACUCAAACGGAUACCACGUGUUUUUCAUAAUCCAAUUACUGCUAAACGUGUCCAUCGAGAGUUGAAAAUGCUUUCGUGUCUUAAACAUGAAAAUAUUGUUAAUUUAAUCGACGUUGUCAAGUCAGAAAGUUACCUUAAUUUCGAAGAAAUUUACUUUCUAUUCGAAUUAAUGCAAACCGAUCUGCAUAAAAUCAUUGUCUCACCACAACCGCUAUCAUUGGAUCAUGUAAAGAUAUUUGUAUAUCAAAUUCUACGAGGUUUGAAAUAUCUUCAUUCCGCUCGAAUUAUUCAUCGUGAUAUUAAACCUGGCAAUAUGUUAGUCAAUUCCAAUUGUCUUCUUAAAAUAUGUGAUUUUGGUUUGGCACGUAUUGAUGAUCCAUUUGGAGAGGCACAUUUAACUCAAGAAGUUGUUACACAAUAUUAUCGAUCACCUGAAUUACUUAUGGAAGCAACACGUUAUUCAUAUGCUGUAGAUAUUUGGAGUGUUGGAUGUACAUUUGCUGAACUGUUAGGUCGUCGGAUCUUAUUUCCUGCUCGUAGUCCAUUGGAACAACUGGAGUUAAUUAUGAAUCUUACAGGUAGUCCUAGUCCUGGUGAUUUAGAAAGUUGUCAUCCAGACGCUUGUUGUUUUGUUCUUUCAUCAAGACUACGUGAUCCAAAUUUGUCUAUUCUAUAUGCGCUUACACCUGAUGUCAAUGAGCUGACUGUUCAUCUGUUGGGCAGUAUGCUCAAAUUCAAUCCGCGACAGCGUAUAUCCGCCAGUGAUGCAUUAAAUCAUCCUUUUCUUGAAGAAGCCCGUUUACGUUAUCAUUCAUGUAUGUGUUCUUGUUGUCAUGAUGUCUCCUCAAAUUCUGGUAAUGAAGGUGUUCAAACCACUACUGGAUUUUGUUGUGCUCCAUCACCAUCUGCUUCGUCGUCAUGUGCUUCAUCGUCGACACCAUCCUCUGAUUCAAUGCAGGGUGGUAGUAGUAGUAAUAAUAACGGGAAGUUUUUAAAUAAUAGAUAUGAAGCUAAAACUGCUGCCAAUGCUAUGCCGUCUGGUAGUAGUAAUUCAGCCUAUUCUUCUUCGGGUACAGCUAGAAGACGUUAUUUUCAUGAUUUAGAUCCUAUUUGUCCAAUUCUCCUUCCUCUUGAUCUGGACUCAGGAUUUCGUCGUCUCUCAGAUGCUAAACGUGUUCUCUGGGAUAGUAUUCAAGAAUAUUAUCGUCGAGAUGAUCGUUUAACAAGAGUUGUGCUCAAUCGAAACGCUGCAAAUUAUAAUAAUUUCAUUAA